AGUUGACAGAAUUUACUGUCAGAGAACUGACUUUUUCCACGUUUCUAGCUAAUAUUAUAAGGUAAUUACAUUUCUGUACCACUUUGAUCAGCCUUGUCGUAAUCACACGGUGUAGUGAAGUUAACUUGCUGCCUUUAAACCGCGUUAAAUACUUCGAAGUUUUCAAUUCUUGUAACGUCUCUAUGUGAAGUUUAGUCUCAAAGGAUUUGUUCACGUUUGUGAAAUAUAACGUUUAACGAUGCCCAAACAGUCGGGUUCUUGUUUUUUUCAGCCGCACAGAAGCUUUACUUCGAGGAAACAUCGACAGACAGAUACCCAGAGUUGCAGUAAAGCUCUUUCUUCUCACGAAGGCUUCUUGUCUGAAUGUAGGCUGUGCUCUUCAUCUCUCUGUGGGCAUCCCUCUUCCUUUUUCACAGUCGGCUUGUUCAGUUUUGUUGGUGUGUGUCCACUUUGAAACACAUUUCUGAGCAAAUGAUGUGCUGCCCUGGAUACUACAGCCUACACAAACGUUUGGGGCUCUUUCCUGGAGCGUGACGGCGAGGUCGAACAAGGCUGACAAUCUGCUGAUGUGAAUUCCUGCUCAUCCUCACGCAGCUGACCCGAACAGAAGAGCUAAAUCUGCGGACUGGUGAGGCUGCCCAGAGCACAAGAAGCAGGAAAGAGACAGCUUCCAGAGAGAGCAUCAGAGUGAGGGAAGGAGAGAGAGGGAGUUUGGCCGAACAUCCCUCAGGAUGAAGAAAAGCAGCAGUGCACAGGGGGUUAUACCAGGCGAUGAGAUCAAGGAUCCUCUUUCAGGACAGUUUUGUUCUGGCAGCACCCUCGGGGUUGAACUGUUCAAAGUCCACAGACGCUUUUCUGGAAACCUGCAGCUGCCUCCGUUGUCAUGGCGACAGGCAGAAAAGGAGAGUCUCAGGGGCAGGUCUCCAACACCUGAGGAAGAUCCAGCAACCCGGACCAGACCCACAAGUCUGCCCAUUGUUUCUCUGCCGCGCAUUGACAUCACACACGCCGACCCCGACAGCUUUGAAGUGGAGAAUGGUCCAUCACUGUGCUGCAGCCCCUCAGACCCACAGGCGUCUCCGGGUUCAGGUCUGGUUUUACACCCCAACCUUGCGGGUCACGGACAGCGGCGAGAGUCUUUCCUGUACCGCUCUGACAGCGACUAUGACCUGUCACCAAAGUCUUUGUCCCGGAACUCCUCGAUUGUCGGAGAACUGCAUGGAGAAGACUUGAUUGUGACUCCAUAUGCUCAGGUUCUGGCGAGCCUGCGGACUGUCAGGAACAAUUUCACCACUUUAACAAAUGUUCAGUGUGUAUCAAAUAAGAGGUCUCCUGCAGCGAAUCAGCCUGCUAUCACCAAAGUCUGUUUGUCAGAUGAGUCUUAUCAAAAGCUGGCGAUGGAGACGAUGGAGGAGCUGGACUGGUGUCUGGACCAGUUGGAGACCAUCCAGACUUACCGCUCAGUCAGUGACAUGGCCUCUAACAAGUUCAAGAGGAUGCUGAACCGGGAGCUGAGCCACCUGUCUGAGAUGAGUCGAUCAGGCAACCAAGUGUCAGAAUACAUCUCAAAUACCUUCCUAGACAAGCAGAAUGAGCUGGAGCUUCCAUGUCCGGUCCCUAAGUCGAGGGAGAGGAAGAGGAGGCAGGGCCAGCAGCAGCAGCACCAACAGCAGCAGCAGGGUGGGAUGAUGACUCAAAUCAGUGGAGUGAGGAAGGUCAGCCACACGCCCAGCAUCUCUGGAGGAACCGGCAACCGCUUCGGGGUCAAGACAGACCAGGAGGAGCUGCUUUCAAAGGAGCUGGAGAAUAUCAACAAAUGGGGUCUAAAUAUCUUCAAAAUCGCUGAGCACUCACAUAACCGACCGCUCACCUGCACCAUGUACACCAUCUUCCAGGAGAGAGACCUGAUGAGGACGUUCAAGAUUCCAACAGACACCUUUGUGACGUUCAUGCUGACCCUGGAGGGACACUAUCACUCGGAUGUGGCGUACCACAAUAGCCUGCACGCCGCUGAUGUAGCACAGUCAACACACAUCCUCCUGUCAACCCCUGCGCUCGAUGCAGUCUUCACUGAUCUGGAGAUCUUGGCGGCCAUUUUCGCUGCAGCCAUUCAUGACGUGGACCACCCAGGAGUGUCCAACCAGUUCCUCAUCAACACCAACUCUGAGCUUGCUCUGAUGUACAAUGAUGAGUCAGUGCUGGAGAAUCACCACCUGGCUGUGGGCUUCAAACUGCUGCAGGAAGACAACUGCGACAUCUUCCAGAACCUCAGCAAGAAGCAGAGGCAGACGCUACGCAGGAUGGUCAUCGACAUGGUUUUGGCAACAGACAUGUCAAAACACAUGAGCCUGCUGGCCGAUCUGAAAACGAUGGUGGAAACCAAGAAAGUGACGAGCUCUGGAGUCCUGCUGCUGGACAACUACACAGACAGGAUGCAGGUUUUGCGUAACAUGGUUCACUGUGCCGACCUGAGCAACCCCACCAAGCCUCUGGAUCUGUACCGACAGUGGACAGACAGGAUCAUGGACGAGUUCUUCCACCAGGGAGACAGAGAGAGGGAGAGGGGGAUGGAGAUCAGCCCUAUGUGUGACAAGCAUACAGCGUCAGUGGAGAGGACACAGGUUGGCUUCAUCGAUUACAUUGUCCACCCACUGUGGGAAACAUGGGCUGACCUGGUCCACCCUGAUGCCCAGGACAUCCUGGACACCCUGGAGGACAACAGGAACUGGUACCAGAGCAUGAUCCCACAGAGCCCCUCCCCUCCUUUCUACAGCAGCGAUGGGGAGGGCGGCUCACACGGGGAGCUGGAAGGGAGACCUGCGCCAAGUAAAUUUCAGUUUGAACUGACGCUGGACGAUCAGGGCGGAGACGGGGAGGGCGGGAUGAUGGAGACUGGUGUGACACUCCAAGACCAGCCUUCUGAUGAGGGCGGGGUCGAAAUGACGACUCGCGACGUCUCGCCGGAGGAAACAUAGCUGGACUGCCGCCGUUUUCGAGCAGCUUUAUGCUGUUUUCAGCUGAAAUCUUUUGGUUGCAGUAGAGAAAUCCUGCAAUCCUGCUCUUUGGAGCUGCCUAGCAAAGAGGGCCUGACUGAAUGUGGGGCACCCCUGCAUACAAGGCUAGGAAACCCUGUGGCAGUUUGUCUUUGAGCCCCCUCAAAUGGAGCUGGUGGAGAGUAGCAUCUGCUCUUUAGAGGGGACUACUGAGAGGCUGAAUCCUCACAAAGACGGUGGAAUGGACGAUGUGUGUCUGAGGACUGGGACGAUGAAACUUCCAAACUUGCACUUGAGGACAUUUUUAUGUUCAUUCAGAUUCUUCGUAUUGUGUCGGGAUCGGAUGCCACCUGUUAAAGCGUCCAACCAAAACUACUUGUCCACGAUUUCUGUGUAACCAAGUAGUUCUUUUUAUCACUCGUCACUUGUGUGCCUUUUUUUUUAACAACCUUGUCUUUUUGUAAGUGUUUUUAUAAUUUAUUGAACACAUUCAUGUAGCUGUAAAAAUGUUUAAGAUUUUCUACAAGCGGACGUAAUUGUCUCACACAGUCUUCCUGAUGUUCCUGCAAUAGUAUAAGCUUGUUCUCACGUCUGGUGGAUGUAUCUCUUAAAUCAGCUGACUUCCCAGCACAGUUUGCACUUUGUGGCAGCAGAAGGCGAGGAGAGAAUCAAUAACUAAGAGUGGCGUAAACAUGCAAAACCAAAAAUGAGAAUUCAAUUUGGUUUGAAAUAUGUUCAUUCAGCUGUUUUCAAACAAAUCAUUUCAUAAGCACUUUGAUAACCCACAGAUUAAAUUAUUUCAAGAAGAAAAAUUGCCAUUUUAAGUCAGAAAAAGCAUCUAAAGUUAAAAAAAAAUCCAAAGAUCCCUUGAAGGGAGCACUUCAGUGAAUUCACUGCCACGUCUGUAAGCUUGAUCCCAUGCUUAAAGGGAAGUAAAACUUCCAAAACAGCUAUUUCUUCCUGUAGCUAGACAAGUAGUUAGGCCUUUAGGUUCUGUAUAGCAAUUAAUUUUCUUAGUAAAUCAACAAAAAAUCCCCUGUCUUUGUUUUGCACCAACGUCAUAAUAGAUCUGUUUUCUCUGUAAGUCUUGAUUUGCUCUCACAAACACACCUGCUGUGGUUAAAAAGCAUUCCAUUGUCGUGAAUACACCGUGAUUUGUUUUGACCUUCUGAAUGACUGUGAGACUGUGUGCACAUUUGAAAAAGAGACUCCUGUUAGCUAUAAAAUAAUUAUAUCCUGUAGUUUUUAUUCCAGCACUUUGACUAAGUCGACGGUUCAGCAGCUGGUUGCUGAUCCGUUCAACACUACCUUGAAGGUACAUCAUGUGAGCUGCAACCCGACGAUAUCGUGUCAAGGCAUGAUACGAGUGUGAGUGAGAGAGUGUUUGUGUGUAACAGAGUUGCACAGUCUCGUUGAUUCUUCAGCUGUUUGUAACAGUCUAUUUAUUAUCCUAUUCUUGUAUAUGAUAAUAUUGGUAUUGAAUGUUAAUAUUCCCUGUAUAUUUGUUAUUAUUUAUAUGCACUACCACAUGUCACAGUUUGACUGAACUUGUCUGGUGGUUCUGAUUUAUUGUACUCAACAAGCUACUUUGCUAUGAAGUGAAGUUAUGCAGUUCAGUUUUUGACAGUUUGAAAUGUAACGUUUGAACUGUUUGAUGAUCCAACAACACCUCGGGUGAGGUGAAGAAGUCGUCUGGAUUUUGUUUGUCUGGAUCCAGAUUAAAAAGGCUGAAUCUGUGCUGCAGUAGAUCAUGUACGGUGACGGGUCAUUGUACAGCUAAAGGAAUAUUUGCUGAAAUAUAAACGUUUCAAAUAUAUUUUUUCAGUGUUUUCCUCACAAUAUAUGGUUAAACAGUGUAUGUUGUGCUCAACAAAUGUUUUCUAUCAGAUUAUUAAAACGGGCAUGUAUU